CCAGCGGCCUAGGCGUGAGUGACGGCCGCGUUGGUGGCAGUGGCUGCCCCUUGAGGAAAAAGAACGGCCGGGGAAGGCCCACGGCUCUGGUAGCGAUAUUAAUAAGGCAGCGGAAAGAAGAAAUAUGAAUACGGCUCCAGCAAGACCCAGCCCAGCACGAAGGGAUCCAUAUGGUUUUGGAGAUGGUCGGGAUGCAAGACGGGAUCGGUCCCCAGUUCGAGGCAGCCCAAGGAGAGAACCCAGGGAUGGCAGGAAUGGCCGAGAUGCCCGAGACUCCAGAGACAUGCGGGACCCCAGGGAUGCCAGAGACAUGCGGGACCCCAGGGAUUCUAGAGACAUGCGGGACCCCAGGGAUUCUAGAGACAUGCGGGACCCCAGGGAUUCUAGAGACAUGCGGGAUCCCAGGGAUAUGAGGGAUCCCAGAGAUGCCAGAGACAUUCGGGAUCCUCGGGAUAUAAGAGAUCUCAGGGACCUUGGAGAUCCUCGAGAGCUGAGAGAUCCCAGGGAUAUGAGAGAUCUACGUAAUAUUCGGGAUGUCCCACGAGACCCUAUGUAUGACAGAUACCAAGAAGUGAGGGAUUCACGGGAUCCUGUCUAUAAUAGGAGAGAAGAAUCAUAUGACCGUUAUCUGCGCAUGGAAGAGUAUUACAGAAGGAAGGAUGACACUUAUUUUGAUCGUUACAGAGAACAUUUUGAUGGACGAGCUCCCCCAGGCCCAGAAAGUCAGUCUCGUGCUAAAGAACGUCUGAAACGUGAGGAGCGGCGUAGAGAAGAGCUGUAUCGUCAGUAUUUUGAGGAAAUCCAAAGGCGCUUUGAUGCUGAAAGGCCUGUAGAUUGCUCUGUGAUCGUGGUCAACAAGCAGACAAAAGACUAUGCUGAGUCCGUGGGGAGGAAAGUUCGAGACUUAGGCAUGGUGGUAGACCUAAUUUUCCUAAACACAGAAAUGUCACUGACACAGGCCCUGGAGGAUGUUGGCAGAGGUGGAUCUCCCUUUGCCAUUGUCAUCACCCAGCAGCACCAAGUUCAUCGAUCCUGUACAGUUAAUAUCAUGUUUGGUACUCCACAAGAGCAUCGUAACAUGCCCCAAGCAGAUGCCAUGGUGCUGGUAGCAAGGAACUAUGAACGCUACAAGACUGAAUCUCGGGAGAAGGAACGAGAGGAAAUCGCCAGGCAGGCAGCCAAGAUGGCAGAUGAGGCCAUUAUGCAGGAAAGGGAACGAGCAACAGCAGCCCCCAUGGAGGAGGGGGUUCGAGGGGGCCACCCACCUGCCAUCCAGAGCCUCCUCAAUUUACUGGCUGAUAACAGGUACCUCACUGCCGAAGAAACAGACAAGAUCAUUAACUAUUUACGUGAGCGGAAGGAACGGCUUAUAAGGAGCAGCGGGGACCUUCUGCCAGCUACUAUUUCCCGACAACCCCUUGGGGCAACUUCGGGCACUUCACUGAAAUCCCAGUCCAGCCUGCCUAGCCCCCAGCCUCUCCAGAGCAGUCAGGCACUCCCUCCGGCAACACCAGCUCCAGCAUCAGCCCCCACCCCACAGCAGGAGCUUCAGGCCAAAAUCCUCAGCCUCUUUAAUAGUGGUGCUGCCACUGCUGCUGCAGCAGCUGUUGUGGCCAACAGCAGUCCUACCCCUGCCACAGCUCCCCCAACAGGCACACAGAACCAGAAUUUUGCCACCAUGGCUAACAACCAGUCUCAACAAAGAUCACAGGCUUCAGGCAACCAGCCUCCAAGUAUCUUGGGACAGGGAGGCUCUGCCUGCAACGUAGGCCCCAGGCCCGGGGCGCCAUCUCAAGGGCUCUUCGGCCAGUCCUCCAGUCGCCUGGCACCUGCAAGCAAUGUUGCUGGCCAAAGGCCAGUGUCCUCCACAUAUAUCAACUUUGAUAAUCCAAGUGUACAGAAAGCCCUGGACACCUUGAUCCAGAGUGGUCCUGCCCUUUCUCACCUGGUGAGUCAAACCACAGCACAGGUGGGACGAUCCCAAGCCCCUCUGGGAUCCUACCAGAGGCAUUACUGAUGCUAAUCUCUCAAUCCUAUUCACUCUUCAUCCCCACUCCUCCCUUCUCCCAUUUACCACAUUCUUAGAGUUUUUCCAAGGGUGUUCCAGCCACCUGACCACAUCCAUAUUGAGUGUCAUGAGCCUAUAUCACCACCUUCCCUUCCCACACCCAGCUUUGUUACUGAUCUCCCUCCAAGGGCAGAGUUUGAUAGGCUCCAAGGUUUAUGGAGCUGAUGUGAGGUUGUCUGAGCUGAGUUGGUACCUGGGCAUUCCUUGGUCUCAGGUGGUGAAGAAGUUGAGGCCUGGGUUUGUCCCUUCCUUAGGGCAGCUGAAAUAUGUUUCUGCUCCACUUAGUUUGGAAUGGUAUUUAUUUAUCAUGGUCCAGAUCCAUUGCCUCUUCUCAUUCAAAGUCACCAGCCUCUUUAGGAGGGAUGCAGCAUUGAAAGGAAAGCUUGCCAAUUUAACAUAGCACAAACUUAUAUUCUUCAAAACCUACUGAAGAGGGAAUCAAAAAACAACUGGCAAACUGGGUUUAAGUAGAUAACUGUCACUGAAGUUACCUCCUUCCAGAAAAGAAGGCAAAAGCUAGGAGAGAGGCCAAUUUGGGGUUUAAUAAAAUCUUCCCUCCUGUUCCACACAGGGUUUGGAGAAGGCAUUGGCUACAGUGUAACCAUGAAAGCUUAUUAUUAGCAAGGCCAUUUUCAGCCUAUUCAGGGUUUUUGCAUUUAACUUAGCCAUUGUCACAGACCAAAUAGCUCCACUCACUAACAGUUUAGCCCAUAUUGGAUGCCCAUCCCCUGGUCUCCCUCCUGUGACUGGCCUAGAAGCUCUCCCGUAGGUGGUUAUCAGGUGGAGGAUGGGGAGGGAGCCUAUGUUAUAUAACUUAGGCAAAUGCAACUCUAGAACUGGCCCUAGAAUUCCAUUUUCUCAGAUUUUUUUUUUAAGCCAAUUAGCUUGGAGAAACAGUAUGUUCAUCUCAACCUACUUGUUUGGUUUUUUGAGGAGAGGAGUUGUGGGCAAGGGAUAAUUUGAGGGCAGAUGUUCUAGCAGCUGCAGCACAUCUUGGUGUGGACACCCAACCUUCAGUUCCCAAGUUUUGAGCCUGAAUGAAAUUGUUGGUAGGAGAGCAUCUGGCUUCUGCUCUCUGUUGGCACCAAAGGAAGUUGCUCUUUCCUUGGGGACAUGCUCAUUCCAUCCCUCUGAGCCAAAGCCUCUAAGGUUUGGGAGGGCCAGAGGGUUGAGACCUCUAGUGCCAGUGCCUGCAGCUGUUUGAACAUUAGAAAACUCAAGGUCCCUUAGGUGGCAGCUUUUUAUGUUCCAACUUGUUUCUGUUAUAUAGUGUUUUUUUUUCUCUUUGAAACUCUUGUGUUGUUAAUAAAAUAAGAACAUUACUUUUUAAUUAAAGAAGAAAAAUGUGAAAACUGUGUCUGUCCUAUUAGAUGGUUUUCAGUCUGAACAUCUGAAAAGGACCUCUCUGGGACAUCCCACGAUGGAGUGAAAUAAUGGUAUCACUGAUUAUAUGGCUUCAGGUGUACAUUUCAUAUCAACCUUACUCUAAAUAUGCCACCUUCCAGCUGCUGACCCAACCAAUCUAUC